AUGAACAUCAAGCUCCUCUUUAGCAUCACGAUCCUUUCGCUGUGCCUUCACCACAGCUUCGCCGCGCCCACCGGCACCGGCAAGGACCUCCGGGAGGUCGAGGUGGGACCCUUUGACCGGGUGGACGAGUCGCACUCCCUCCUUGAGCUCGAGAACGAGCUGCGUCGCGACGACGACGAAGAGGCCGAGUCCGCCGCCAAGCACGGCCGUGACGAGGCUGGCAAGGAGGCUGCGCGCCACGAGAUCCAUCGCCACCUCGACGUCGAUGGCUCCACAAAGGACGAAGACGAGGGCCAGCUCCGUCCUGCCAAAGGUCCGACCGGCGACUUGUCGGCCUUUGAAGCCAAUGCGCUGCUCGAGUUUGCGCCGCACCAGCUGCGGAAGCGGGUGCUCACCGGCGACAUGCUCACGGAGCUACACAACAUCCUGGACAGUUCGCUGCGCCACAUCAACUCUGGCACCUUCAACGAGGCCCACGUCCAGGCCCUUCAGGAGGGACGAUGGCUUCUCCGCAACCAUGCUACCCUGACCAACGCCGAGAGGGACGAACGCCUGGAAGGCGUUCGGCAGCUCCUCGCCAUCCUCGAUCGUCAGAGCGGUUCCGGCCAGGCAACGACUCGCCAGGCUGGAUCGGGCUCCCGCCGAGGAUCGCGUCGCGGGCGCAGAGACUGA